UAUCAAUUAGUAGGAAUGCAAUCAAACAACAUUUAUUAUAAGAAAUCUCAUCUCUUUCUAAAAAAAUCUUUCACUUAUUUUAUAUAUUGAUACACAACAUAUUAUGAAGUUAUUUACACUUUUAAUAUUAUAAAACCCACAAAGAAAGCAUAGAUCUUGUCUUGGUUUCUUUUUCCACUACUAUUAUAAGUAUAUACAUAAAUUACAUUUCAUAAUACAUAUAGCAUGAAUAUCAGCCUUUUAAUAUUACAUGAAGUUUUCGAUUAUAGAAAUAAAAUAAAAAAACAUAUGAUGAUAAUGUGAUAUCUUCUUAAAACAUAUUUUUAGAUGUUUUACAUCAAAAAAUUUCCAAGUUUAUUAUUUGUUACAUUAAUUUCGUUAUUUUUAAUUGUAUACCAUUGAUACAGCUCGAAAAAGAAAUCAAAGAUGUCGUACAAAUGUUUAAAAAACAAUGGUGCUAGUAUAGAAGAGACACUUGGAAAUUGGGGCUUUUCUAACAGAGUCUCAAAUUCUGGUCAAGAACUUAGACGUUUAAGAUGUCUCUUUAAUAAGAUGGAUGGAAUGAAAACUAGGAAGCCAAUGAUGUGUGUAAAAUAUAAUUGUUUAUAUGACCCAGACGCAUGGCAUGUAAAACCUAGUCCUGACGAAUGUAAACCUAUUUGGACAAUGCCUAUGAGAAGACCUCUUAUUACAUAUAGCUCUACUGCUGAUAUAAUAAUGACAUCAAAUUUGGAUAGCAUUGGAACAGAUUUGCUUUAUCCUAUUCCAGGCCGAAGUUAUCUAUUACAAGGUACAGAUAAAUGGUAUCGGCAUAACCAAUGCUGCAAUCAACAGCCAAAUUGCUCAGUACGACAUCCUUGUGCACCACAGUGUUAAAAGCAUAGUAUACAUGUAUAAAAAUAAUGUACGUGAAAGUAAAACAUCUGCUAUUCAGAUUUUUCUGGUCGAUUAUAUUUGAUAAUUUUAAUGAUAUGUUGUUAUUUGUAUCUUUCUUUCGUCAAGCGGCAAAUCGUAUUUUAUUUAUAAAAUAUAAUAUAAAAUUUGUCUUGAGAAGGGCUACAAUCGUAGAUAUUUAAAGAUAUAUAGCUCAAUUAAAAAAAGUGGAGGUGAUGUUCAGAAAGCGUAAUCCAUCACGUAAUAAUUUCCUGUCGAAACCUUUUAUUUUAAACUUUUCUUUCAAACAUUUCAAACAUAAAUUGAAAGAGUUAUUUAAGUGGCUUGCUUUUGGUGACUCACCCCGUAUAUGCUUCAAAGAGGGCUGUGAUUAUCACCUCCUAUAAUAUAUGUAUAACUAGCAGUUUGUCACAUAUUAAUUACUUCCUCGCUAGAAAAAUAAAUGCAGUUGGAAGGUAUAACACAUGUAAUCCUCUCUAAAUGUACAGUCAUGGCAUGGUGUAUAAAGAUCAUUUCCUUUGAGUAUCAGUACGAUUAAGCUGUUAUUUUGAUCACAAAAUGUAUAUUACUUCUAUAGCAAUGUAUUAUAAUAAAUACGCGGUUUCAUUUAUUUUAUAUAUUGGCACGUAUAUUUUUUAACAUGAAGACAGGCUUCUUUAUUUGCAGACAAUAAUAUGUAAAUUAUGCUGUCUUAAGGUACCUAAAACUAUAGAACCAAGAAUAACAACUAACAGCAAUUAAUACUUAAUUUUAGCUUAUUUGAAUAAAUUAGAUGAGUAUAUUAUACAUUAUAUUUAUGAGUAUAUUAUAUAUUAUUUUUUAUUUUCAGAGCAGUGAAUAAAAUGCAUUAUUAUGAUAUUGAAUUAACACUAGGUUUACGGUACCCAUCAAUUUGACGGAUUUCGAAAUUCGAAAUGAAA